UGUUGUUACUUGUUAGUGGGGAGUUCGAUCGAUCGAUCGAGAGAGAGAGAGAGAGAGGGGGAAUGAGCGGAGCGAGUCAGGGAAGGGGGCUGAGGCUCUUCGACGCGCACUGCCACCUCCAGGAUCGGAGGAUCUCGGCCGUCGCUCCGCAGCUCAUCGGCGCCGCCGUCGACUCCGGCGUCGUCCGAUUCGCCGUCAACGGGGUCUCCGAGAGGGACUGGCACCUCGUGAAGCGGAUGGCCGAGCAAUACCCUUCCGUAAUCCCCUGCUUCGGCCUCCAUCCAUGGUAUGUGGCCGAGAGAUCCCCGAACUGGUUGAGAUCAUUGAGAGAGUUCUUCGCCGACACGCCCACUGCUGCAGUUGGGGAGAUUGGUCUAGAUAGGGGUUCUCACGGCAAGAAGAUUAAUUUCGAUGAACAGGAAGAAGUGUUCCUGCAACAACUUGAACUUGCCAAGGAGUUAGAGAGACCUGUUUCUGUCCACUGUGUACGUGCUUUUGGCGACCUUUUGGGAAUACUGAAACGAACUGGACCUUUCCCAGCAGGUGUAAUUUUGCAUUCGUAUCUCGGAUCUGCGGAUAUGGUAGCUAGCCUUGCAAAUCUUGGGUCUUACUUUUCAUUUUCUGGGUACCUGACAAACAUGAAAGUGCAAAAUGCAAAGAAAAUUCUAAGAUCGGUACCGUUAGAUAGAAUUUUGCUUGAAACUGAUGCACCAGAUGGAAUGUCUACGUGGAACACGGAAUCUUUAAUAGGAGUCCCUGAAAAUAGUUCAAAUUCUGAAGAGCCAGAAUGCCAGCAUGAAGUUAAAGGAUCACAGGCUGGUACUGUGUCGAAGGAUGCCUUAAAUCAUCCAGCUAACAUCCACAAUGUUCGUUUAGUCAUCUCUAAUUGCCCUCUCUUCCAUUUUGGCCUACUUCAUGCAAGGUUCAUACAAGGAUUCUAAAUUAUGCGGCAAUGUUGCUCGAGAUGCCUAAGGAGGAGCUUGCGGAGACUUCAGACCUGCAGGUUAUAGGCUGAGGACUUUGAAAACAAACACGCAAGGCCGGCCGUGCACAUACGUGAGCGCUGUUUUGCAUAUCGAAUGAGUGCUAAUAAUAAAAUGAGUAGAGUUUUCUGACAUUCCCCAAUUUACCCUACAAAAUUCAAAGAAGAGUGUUAAUAUGUUCAAUUUCCAUUAUAAGUGCAUGCUUAAAGUUGCUAUAUGCAAA